CCUUUUAAUUAAAUAAAGCAAAAGAGCAUUGAAAAUCUCUUAUGCAACAUUCCUGUAUCUAGAUCUUUAUUUGCAGUUCAAGGGUAUAUGAAAGGAUAAAUGUACUUAUCCAAGGCUGAAAACGUCUGUUUAAGAAUCAUUUCUCAAUUGGAAACCAGAGAGCUGCAACUGCAAUUGGAUUUGGUAAUUCUUUUACCAUGUCUGUGCCAAACAUAAUUGAAGUGGGUAGUCUAAUAAAGAUGUAUAUAGAUUACCGCUUAAAGGAGCAUUCUCCUUUCAAACUGGUAUUGUUAUCUGCCGGUGUGGCAUAUUCUGCUGCAUGCCUGCAAAAUUUCCUCACAGAUCCAGAAUUGUCUGCGGUUGAACGUGCCAAGAGGUACAUCUUCUCAUGGAUUAGAAUUAUACCUCUUGUGAAGAAGAAAGUGGAAGAAGAAAGACUUAAAGCAAAAACACUUAUGGAAGAAGACAUGAAUAAAUGCACUAAAUCACUUAGUGUCUAUUAUCAAUUACCUAAGAAAGGUCGAUCAGUAGAUGAAGUUGCAAAAGAAGCCAGUGAAUAUCUAGAACUAGGGGACUGUGAUUGGAAAGCUGGUGGUCUUUCCGGGUGCGUUUACAAUGUGGAUCCAGAAGUCACUACUCUUGUUACGCAAGUAUAUGGAAUGUCCGCCUGGACUAAUCCACUUCAUCCCGAGGUAUUCCCCGGAAUUCGUAAAAUGGAAGCUGAAAUCGUCCAAAUGGCUAUUCACAUGUUCCAUGGAGGGCGCGAUGCUUGCGGCACAAUGACUUCUGGCGGCUCUGAAUCGCUUUUAUUGGCCGUCAAGGCCUAUCGGGACUAUGCCCGAAAUGUCAAAGGAAUCCGAAACCCUGAAAUUCUAAUGCCUGCUUCUGGCCAUGCUGCAUUUGAUAAAGCUUCGCAACUUUACAGGAUGCGCCUUGUUCGAGUACCUGUUGACCCUAAAACCCAUAAAGCGGACGUUAAAGCAAUGGAAAAAGCUAUCAAUAAGAACACCUGCAUGCUCUUGGCAUCGGCUCCUGGUUUUCCACAUGGCGUGAUUGAUCCCGUAGGAGAGAUUGCUGCUUUGGGUCGUAAAUACGACAUUCCUGUCCAUGUCGAUGCCUGUUUAGGAGGAUUUGUCAUUGCUUUCAUGGAUGAAGCUGGCUACCCAUUGCCACCAUUUGACUUUAGGGUCGAGGGAGUUACCAGUAUUUCAGCCGAUACUCACAAGUAUGGCUAUGCACCGAAAGGAAGCUCUAUUAUUUUAUAUUCUCACCCAAAAUAUCGCCAGCAACAAUUCUUUGUUGCAACGGAAUGGCCAGGUGGUAUUUACGCAUCACCAACGCUGGCUGGAUCCCGACCUGGAGGAUUGAUUGCCGCCUGUUGGGCCUCGAUGAUGUACUAUGGUCGGAAUGGCUACGUCGAAGCGACAAAAAAAAUUGUCGAAACUCAUCGUUUCAUUGACAUAGGAUUACGCCAAAUUAAUGGCCUUCGAGUCAUGGGGCAUCCCGAAGCUUGUUGCGUUGCUGUAGAUUCAGUUGACUUCAACAUUUACCGUGUUUCAGACGCUAUGGCGAAAAAAGGCUGGAGUCUUUCUCCACUCCAAUUUCCUUCAAGCAUUCAUCUGACUGUGACGUACUUGCAUACGCGUGAGGGAGUAGCCGAGAGAUUCGUUAACGAUAUGCGAGAAACUGUGGCAGAGAUCAUGAAAAAUCCGAAAGCAGAUGCUGAAGGAUCUGCGGUGAUCUACGGCAUGGCUCAAAGUAUUCCUGACCGUUCGAUGGUGUCAGACAUUGCAAGCGUUUUCUUGGAAUCUAUCUACAACUUGAAGACAGAUAGCGUGAGCAACGGCUACGGCAAGUGAGGGUAAAUGGCUUCUAUUUGCAAUUCUUUCAUCAGAAAUCCAUAUAAUCUAGUUUCGGUGGCCCUACUUGCAGUAGACCAAACAACCAUUCAAGAGGUAUUUUUGAUGCAUUCACGCAAACAGUUAUAGUCACUUUCCCGUUGCUAUUCAUUCAAAAUUUUGUUAAAAAUCCAGUCAUUUAAAAUGUGUUAUUUUAAGGAACAUUAAGAAAAGAAUGUUCUUGUAUCAUGCACAAGCUUGACACAGUGUAUUCAAAAUAUGCCUUAGUCUUCAAAACAUAUUGUUAAUUGUAAUAGUAAGGGCCACUUUCCAUUUGUCAUUCCAAUGGCAGGAAGUCGAAUACAGGUGCGUCAAUAGAUA